AUGAAGUUCCCUCUAUGCGUGGGCUACAUAGCCAUCUGGAUUCUGACUGUAGCUUUUGGCUUCCCUCUUGAUCCAUCACUAGAUGAAGCCUGGAUCAGCUGGAAAUCAUUCCAUCAGAAGCAGUACCAAGAGGAUGAUGUGAAUUACAGAAGAAUGGUUUGGGAGCAGAACGUAAGAUACAUUGAACAACAUAACAUGGAGCAUUCAAUGGGGAAGCAUACAUUUACUGUGGGAAUUAACCAGUUUGGCGACAUGACUCCAGAGGAAUUCAGGCAACUUCUGAAUGCAAGCAGGAUAAAGGAAGCUGAGAACUCAACUUGCAAAGUAUUCACAGCACAGGAGAAUGCCCAGUUGCCUCCAAGUGUUGAUUGGAGGCCUAAGGGCUACGUUACUCCAGUGAAGGAUCAGGGCCAGUGUGGUUCCUGCUGGGCAUUCAGCACCACCGGAGUACUGGAAGGACAGGUGUUUAAGAAAACGGGAAAGCUUAUUUCCCUGAGCGAACAGUACCUGAUGGACUGCAGCAGAGUUGUAGGCAAUGCCGGCUGUGGUGGUGGAUCUGUCAUGGCCGGCUUCUUAUUCAUUAAAGAAAAAGGUAUUGCUUCCGAGCAGUCCUAUCCCUACACUGCUAAGGAUGGGGAUUGUAAAUCCAAACAAAGCGACAUAGUUGCCACUUGCAAAGGAGUCAAGCAAAUUCCGAGAAACUCUGAAACGGAUUUAGCGGCAGCAGUGGCCACGGCUGGACCAAUCUCAGCUGGCAUCGACGCAGAGCACAGGUCCUUCAUGUUGUACAAAGCGGGAAUUUUUUAUGAGCCUCACUGCAGUACUGUGAAUCUCGAUCAUGGAAUUUUGGUGGUCGGAUAUGGAAUGGAAAAUCAGAAACCAUAUUGGAUUGUAAAAAACAGUUGGGGACCAAGUUGGGGCAAUGAAGGUUACGUCCACAUGACUAAAGACAUGGAUAACAACUGCGGAAUAGCUUCAAAUGCAGUUUAUCCUGAGGUGUGA